GGUGUCUCAUCCCUAUCCCUCCUUCCUCCGUCCCAGUCUCUGUGCCGCGCGGUCGCGUUGUGAUCGAUCCAACAUCGUCAACUGUUGGGAAUUCCCCAAAAGACGACGUCGGCCUCGGUAACUCCCAGGGGAGGCUUUUGGACAAUAUUCUGCAGACCUGUUUUCUUUAAGCAGGGAUUGAUUGGUUCCGCCAUCCCUCCCGCCUCACCGACGACGACGAGGACGACGACGACAUGGCCCGUGAUCUCCGGCGCCAGGCCCUCCAGCGGCUUGCUGGGCUGGCAGCGGCGAGCUCAGACACUUCCUUUGACAAGUCCGAUCUCGACAGGCUGUGCAGGGCUACUCCUACCCGCCAUGGCGCGGUGCCAUCCCUCAACGGUCACCAUGCAUCGGCCCCCCGACCAGAAGUUGGCCGUGUUCCCAUGACCAUCCGCGAGUACGAAAUUCUACUGGCUCUCUGCAAGACGGCGCCCUCCCUCCAGACGCCCCAGAGCGCCCAGAAGCUAUCCCGUCACCUCGUGCCGUACCUUAUGGAUUCCCAUGUCCAGGCAUUUGCCCCGUCGCCAUUUUUCCGUAGGAUCGAGCCAUCGCCAACCGAGUCUUUGAGCUUUCAUGUUACUGCCGCACUCCUUUCUUUAGGAGCACACCAUCCCGAUGUGCGGCAGAGCAUAUCUGACAGUCUUUCCGCCUUCAUCAAUGCUUGUGCUCACGCUUCUGAGACCGUUUCCCGCGCCGCCGCCGACGAUGAUGAUCCAGGGGCUGUGGAGGACGCCACUCGGACCGCUACCAUUGCAAUUGCUCUCCUAGGAUUCCUAGAUGCGGCGUGUGCCCAGGCGGACUUCUGGAAAUCCGGGGGCCGUCUUGGUUUGGUGACGCGCGUGCGCGACCUCCUUUCUCAGCCUUUCCUCGUUGCUGUAGAGGCGGCCUUCUCCACCAUCCGGAAUGCGCAUCCCCACGAUCGUCAUAUCAAAGAGUGGAAAAGAUGGACGCGGCAUUACGACGACAUUGACCGCCCCCUGGGGGCCACGCUUCUGCGGCGCAGUUUCAUGAGAUUGCUUGUGGCUGCCACAUCGCUUUUGGUCGCGGAAGAAGACGCGCUCCGGGAGUCUCACGUUCUUGACGUUAUCAUGGCUGGCAAUGGCCUCCGGCGGCCGCUGACUGCCCGUAGCGCUGAAGCGGAUUUCCGCUCCGUCGAACUGUAUGCCACAGUCGCUAUCGACCAGAUGAACUACCUGGAAUCAAGUGCCGACUUUGACAGCCUGUCUCCAGCCAAGCAGAGGCUUGCCUCGUCCGUCAAGGCCUGCGCCCUGAUCAGCUAUCUUAAUGCGUGCACCCUGAAUGAUGAUGCCGCCGACGGCGAAAUUCUCAUGUCCUGGCUCGAGGACGCCCUGGGCGAUGUCGCGGGCAUGGCCGACGACGAACUUGCCGCUGUAGUCCUCAAGUCCAUGGCGUUGCUAUGCAGGGUAUCGCCGUCAUACGCCAUCAACGUCAGCCGACUCCUUCCCCGCUUCAUAGUUCAAAGCGGUGCCAAGAGCCAGCUGGUCGCCGUCGCGUCGAAAUCCCUCGCCUUCGUACUGCAGAAACUCUCCAAGGAUGCUGUCAUCACCACUCUGUACACCCUCGGCAAUGUCUUGGGUCCUGGGAGCGACCGGCCCGUCACCAACGGGGCUGGCGAAGGCGGCGGCCAGGGCCCCUCACAUGUAUAUGGAUCCAGACACUCGACAGGCAGUUCCAUCUCGCUGCAGAUCUCGGGCGAAGAAGAAUCACCGAUUGUCCAGGGGAAUGUUGUGCAAGCCAUCUGCGAGAUCGCGGGUGCCUCGAAGGACGAAAAGAUCACGGGUCUUGCCCAGUCGAUGCUCGCGCAGAAGAUUGUUAAGCUCAGUAGCCCACCUGAUGCCCGUAUCAUCACUGGCGCCGCUACCUUGGCCCUCAGUGGCGGCCAGUCCGAGUUUCGCUACCUCCUCAAGCGGUAUGCUGCCGUCGCACAUGACGCUGUGGUAGAAAACAAAGAUGGGAUUUUGCAGGGCAUUCUGAAGGCUCGAACCCAUAUUUCGGCCAACAUCCGGCGAGAUUCGCCCUUGUUCAAUAUCUACUUGGAAGAUUUACUCGACGGCAUCAUCUCCCAAGGCGACGUCCAUGCCACCCAAAACCAUCACACCAGAGAAUCGGAUGUGGAACUCGCCGCCCGUGAAAUCGCCCAACUGCUCCCGCCUCUUGCCAUUUUCAUGUCUGCGCACCCACAGGCUUUCGACGAGUCCUCUGACGAUGAUACGCGCUCCAUGCUUCGCGAUGCGUGGUUCAACAUCGUCGUCCACGGCUUCACUCCGUCUACUGAUCGCGGGAAGCAAAAUCUCAAGCACCUCCGGAUCAUGGCCAUCCACUCCCCGCCUCUGGUCUCUGAGAAUCGCGGUGAGCAAGAUGAGAGCGACAUUGAUUUGAACCCCAUCCUCCGCCGGGGUGAGAGCUCUGAGCGGGAGUCGCUACAGAAGAAGCUUCUUGCGGAGCUGGUCCCUGCGCGAAGCAGCGAAAUCAAGGGGCUGAGUUACCGCAAAACAAUCUUUCUCCAGGCGGCUUGCCUCGUCGAGAGCUUGCGGGCGGACGCCGGCGACUGCACCAAGGCCCUGUCGUAUUUCCUGGAGCCCAGCAUGCGGCGGGGCGAGCCGAGCCGCACCAUGGACGCUAUCAUGUACGCUGUCAUGGACAGGUACCUAUACAAGACGGUCAAUGCCGCAAACCCAACCUUCUCCGCCCAGUAUGCAGCGGCGCAACUGGCGAAAAUAUUUUGCAGCUGUUGCCAUCGGAUAGAGCGAGUGCAGCAGGCGGCAUUCGGCUGCGCGGAUCGUUUAGUCGAGUCUAUUCCGUCGGCGCUCUGCCAACCGUCAUCCCUCUUCACGCUCCUUGAGCUUCUCUCGUUGAUGUGGUCCAGCUGUCUUGAAGCGGAGACGGAUCGGUACGAGCCGAGGACCACGUUCAGGUCCUCCAGGGGGGACGUAGUUGUCGAACUCUCAGAUGACUACCAGUUCAGGCAGCUCACCCUUGCGAGCCUACACAGAAAGGCAAAAGCCUGGCUGGCGAGGGCGAUCAACAUCGCCCCUGCAGACGUCAAAGGCUUAUUGCAGACUUACUUGUCUGAAUUUGACGAGGAGAGCGGCUAUGGUCACAUGUCCCUCGGCAGAUCAUUUGCAGUCGAGAUCGGUUCGACGAUCCCAUCAACCGACCAGAGGCUGUCAUCUCUUGACAUGCUCGGGGACUGCCCCAUAAACACGGCUUCUGACUUCAUGGCCCAGUACACGACGCGGCAGGAAUAUCGGUACUCGGAGGCCUUGCCCGACCAGAGUCGAGAAUGGUCCAGCUUCAUGCGCGUUGGCCACCGAGCAUCGUUCCUCACGUCGCCGGAUAACGAGAGUGCCGACGCCAUUACAGCCCUCGCUCACAUUGAAAAGCGUAUCCUUGGCCGCAAGGCCGCUUCUCACACAGAUGUGAGAGAUAUCCUCCGCCGUGCCGCCGCGCUCUUAUGCCGAAGCGAGAAAGACGAGUGCUCCAUCAUCCAUUACCUUGUCAGUAUACCGUUUGCCGCGUUUACGAAGCAAUCGAUCAAGCUCGGCAUCUCCCUCUGGCUCGGGGUCAUGAAUGAGAAUCCCAGAAUGGAACCCCGCCUCCUAGCCGAGAUUGUACAUCGGUGGGAGUCCAGCGUACAGAAACGGCAAGGGCUUUUCAGUCCCUCCAUUACGAACCCUGACCCAUUCUUCCUCAGGCAAGAGUUUGCUCCUAGCGACAAUGCGGCUCUUGCGAGGCGCAAGCAGCUCGUCCACAACUUGCUGGCCCCCCACUCUCGUCUCCUGCAAUUCUUGAGCAGCCACUACAAUGCUACCCGUUUGGGAAGCCCCGAUACGCAGCAUCUCUUUCUCCGCCUCCUCGACAUGACGCUGGAGGCGAUCAAAAACUCGACGCCCCAUCCGAUGGCUAGAGAAAUCCGAUUCCAAGUGAUACUCUUCGGCCUCAAGGUGCUCAACACCAGCACGACCAUGGGCACCGUUGCGCAGUACCGCUUGAAGGACCAGUUACUGUCUGCGGGCCUUGGCUGGUUUGAUGCUUCGCCGCGCUGGUCUUUCGGGAGCAAUAUUCUUCAACUCCGGACUGAGAUUCGCUUAAUCGAGGAUGUCAUGGCGGCUCUAGGCGAGACGGUCGGUAUUGGUGCCGAACCGGCGGGCCUAGUCAAAUCGCUUGCCCCGAAGGAAAAAUUGCUUGUCUUACUUCUGGAGAGCGAACACUCGAGACUGUACGUUUGGGUCCGUCCGGUCGACGCGUUAAGACCCCAAUCGACAUUUCACCAUGGAGGAAAAGAGAGCCAGCUCGAGGCCGCAAUCCAACCUCUAGUCCGGACUGCCUGGACAGAGAGCCCAUCCCUAGCCGUCCACUUGGCCAGCAGAUUUCCGUACCCCCUAGUCCAGAGGGAGGUUCGUUGGCUACUGUUGAACUUCCCAACCAAGGCUGCCAAAGAACCGGAGUCGAUACCCAUUCUGAUCGACGGUGCCUUGCCCGAUGAUGUCAGCUUCCAGCUGAAGUAUCUGCUAUUUUGGGCCCCAGUCAACCCAAUCACGGCCGUGACUCUCUUCCUGCCGGCUUACCGAAACCAUCCGUAUUUGAUUCAGUACGCUAUGAGGGCGUUGGAAAGCCACUCAGUCGACGUGACGUUCUUUUAUGUCCCGCAGAUUGUCCAGACACUUCGAUACGACGCCUUGGGUUAUGUAGAGCGCUACAUUCUGGAGACUGCACAGUUUUCACAACUCUUCGCACACCAGAUCAUCUGGAACAUGAAGGCAAACGCCUACAAGGAUGAUGAUUCGCAGAUUCCCGACGCCAUCAAACCAACUCUCGACAAGGUUAUGGGCCACAUGGUCGAGAGUUUCUCCGACGUCGACCGGGAUUUCUACGAACGCGAAUUUGCCUUCUUUGACGAAGUUACGAACAUCUCGGGGAAACUCAAACCGUUGAUCAAGCGCUCAAAGCCCGAGAAGAAGCAAAAGAUCGAGGAAGAGCUUCGAAAAAUCAAGGUCGAGGUUGGAGUGUAUCUACCCAGCAACCCAGACGGCGUCGUCAUUGGCAUCGAUCGGAAGUCAGGUAAACCGCUGCAGAGCCAUGCCAAGGCUCCCUACAUGGCGACGUUCCGCAUCAAGAAAAACAAGGGCGGGGAUGAAGAGGUCGAGGAGAUGCUCGAGGAAGAUACCAAAGACGCGGAUAAGACCGGCGGUCAGGAGAACACGAUCGAGGUAUGGCAGUCGGCUAUCUUCAAGGUGGGCGACGAUUGCCGCCAGGACGUUCUGGCUCUGCAGAUGAUUGCUGCGUUCCGCGGGAUAUUCCACAGCGUCGGUCUCGACGUUUUCGUGUUCCCCUAUCGUGUUACCGCCACCGCCCCCGGCUGCGGUGUCAUUGACGUCCUCCCGAAUUCCAUUUCCCGAGAUAUGCUCGGCCGCGAAGCCGUGAACGGGCUCUACGAUUACUUCGUUUCCAAGUACGGCAACGAAGAUUCACUCCGAUUCCAGCAGGCACGAAACAACUUCGUCAAGAGCAUGGCUGCGUAUUCCGUCAUCUCCUUCCUCCUCCAGUUCAAAGAUCGGCACAACGGCAACAUCAUGAUCGACGACGCCGGGCACAUCCUGCACAUUGAUUUUGGCUUCUGCUUCGAUAUCGCCCCUGGCGGUAUCAAGUUUGAGCGGGCGCCUUUCAAGCUGACCUCGGAGAUGGUCGCAGUGAUGGGCGGCAGCGCCGAGCACCAGUCUUUCAAGUGGUUCGAGGAGCUUUGCGUCAAGGCGUUUCUGGCGUCGCGCCAGUACACCGAGAAGCUCUCGCAGAUCGUGCUGCUUAUGAUGGACAGCGGGCUGCCUUGCUUCAAGCCGGAGAGUGUGAUGCACUUCAAGCAGCGUUUUGUGCUGGAGAAGAGCGAGCGCGAGGCCGCCGAGUUCAUGAAAGGGCUCAUCAAACGAAGCUAUGGCAGCUAUUCGACUGGCAUUUAUGACCAAUUCCAGCUCCUAACAAACGGAAUUCCGUACUAGUGUGGUCUGAUGGUCGAGGAGCUGCUGGCGACGCAGCGUACAAUAGGUUGGAUGUGAGAAAAUAUUUUCAUACAUAUAGAUGCGAUAGAGCUCGUUAAUAAUUGUCAUUUUCCCGUUC